AUGGCGACCUCGACCUCCAACCAAGCAUGGACAAUCCCUUCCACAGCAUCCAAAGUCACCCAUCUCAUGAAACAAACCAAGCCCGUCCCAACUCCAGGGCCGAAGCAAGUCCUCGUCAGAAUGACGGCUGCCUCCCUCAACUUCCGCGACGUUCUGGUCUCCACUCGCUCUCCUGCUUAUCCAGGAACUCACAAACCAGACCUCGUGCCCGGCUCCGACGGUGCAGGAACAAUCCACACCCCCGGUCUCUCAUCUACAUGGGCCGGCAAAGAAGGCACCCCAGUCCUCUUGCACUGCAGCUCCUGGCUUGAGGGAGACGUACGCAACCUCCGAGGCGAUGUAGUAUUUGGUGGGACAGAUGUAGAUGGCACGCUACAGGAAUGGAUGGUCGUUGACGAUGAUUGGAUCAUUGAGGCGCCGAAGAAUCUGAGUGCAGUUGAGAGCGCGAGUCUAGUGACUGCAGGAACGACAGCAUGGGCGGCUAUACGGGGUGGUUUGGAUGGGAGGUUGGAUGGUGGUUUGGAGGAGUGGAAGGGUGUAUGGACGGCGAAGAGAUUGCAAGGGAAGACAGUGCUUACGAUGGGGACCGGCGGUGUGAGCUGUUUCGCUAUACAGAUCGCAGCCGCCCUUGGUGCAACUGUAAUUGCCACAUCAUCAUCGGACAGCAAGCUGAACUUCGUCAAAUCGCUUGGCGCCACCCAUCUUAUCAACUACUCCAAGACACCCGACUGGGACGAAGAGGUCCUUCGUAUCACGAGCGGAAACGGCGUCGACCAUGUCAUCGAAACUGGCGGCGCAGGAACACUGAUGAAGUCCGUCAACAGUACGCGACCUGGCGGGCUCAUUAGUCUUCUUGGGAUAUUGACGCCAAAUGAGGCGAUUUCUGCGGCAUUUGUGCCAAGCGUGCUGUUUGGCGCUAAGAUUGUGAAAGGAUGUACAGCUUUUAGUCGCGAUGCCCUCGCCGAAUUUGCAAAGCUCGUCGAUGCGAACAGGAUUAAGCCUGUCAUAGCGCAGUCGUUCGACUUCUCCCAGAUGGUUGAAGCAUUUCAGGCGCUGCAGAAGCAAAAUGCGGUGGGAAAGAUUGUGGUCAAGAUCAGUGACAUCUAA